AUGGCGCGUGAUUUAAAUCAAUUUAUUACAGAUCAAAGAAAGAGUGAAAUUCGUUACUUAUCAGCCACCAAAUCGCUACUCGAAAAGUAUGAGGGUCUAGAUGAGGAGUCGGAACUUGGUGCAGUUUUUAACCUGUCUAACUACAAUAUUGUUAGGGACAGAGAUGGAACGUUCGCAAGUCAUGACAUGUCUAUUGGGAAACACAGCAUGAGUCAAAGGAACCCAGCAGAUAAACCUGAGGACAAAUCAUCAGGCAGAAAGAAGACAGCAUCCCCUGGCUUAGUGUACACAGAUGAAGAGUUUGACACCACAUUUAACCUGCUCAAUGAUGUUUCAACAGAGCUGAUAGCAAGUUUCCUGGAAGAGGGCGGACAGGGUGAGCCGAGUGACGCGGAAACUCUGAACUCGAGUGACUCGUAUGAAACAGUUGACAGCGAGGAAGCAGAAACAGAAGGGAGCUUGGGAGUUGAUGUUCAGAGGGAUAGACCUGGCCAUGGGAAUUAUGUGAAUGUUGGCUCAGAUGGAGAGGACAGUGUGGAUGGUGAUUAUGGGGACGGAGGUGUUACAGCUGGCAGUACGGUAGGCCAGGCCAGUAUGUCAAUGAGAGGACCUAACCUUGACCUUAGUGACUAUGAAGACGAGAGCUCUAGUGGCAGGGGGGAAUUGCAUGAGCCCGCACCACAAUGUACAGAUCAGUACAAGAAUUUUAAACCUGAGGACAUGCAGCAAAUACCUAGUGAAAUCAAUAACAAUAUGCACUAUGCAGAUGAAAUUAGUGGGAACUUGCAUUAUGGUCAAUCUCCUAUGAAACGUAGCAGCAGGGUGGAGAGAGGUGGUGAAGAAAAGGCUGAACAGUUGAAAUCACCUAAGACUAUCAAUGAAAUAUUUAAUUCAUUGAAAACAAAUGACAACCUUAGCACUAGGAGAACUGAUUUUGAUGUCAGAAAACCUCAGUCCACAAAUAGACUAUCGUUACAUAGUGGUUUUUCAGACAAAAGAACUAAAAUUGAAAAAGUGAGAGAGAAACAAGCUAAAAGAAUCAGUACACACUUCACACCGUUCAGUGGAUUGAGUGAUAAAGACAAAUUGUUUAGAGGGAAUCCAGUGUUUCAAAGUCCAAAAGAACAUUCCACAUACACUAGUCAGGAAGUUCAGCCAGUAGGGCACAAGACUGGCUAUUCAUCAAAAAAGUCGGAUGCAACUUACACCUUGCAAAAGAAUAACGAAAAAGUCUUUAUGUCAUCUGGACAAAUAUUCCAGUCUCAUUCCAAUGCAGGAACCAGCAAGAAUGAAACACAUUUCUCAUCACCAGGACAUAAUAUCCCAUCACAGUUCAAUGCACCAACCAAUCAGCCCCCUGUUGGUCAUUUUUCAAGUCCCCGGGGACAGAAAUUGCAGCAUUCUUCAGCUAAUGACCUUUCACCUUCAGUUAGGAAGAAAUUGGUGAUACACACAUGUUAUGAAAAUGCAAGAGAUAGUCCAGGUAAUCCAAGACAUAAUCGUUGCGAGUCAAGAGAUAGUCAUAUUAAUUCAAAAGAGACUGAUUGUGAACAAAGAGAUAGUCAUGUUAAACUAAGAGAGGGUAAUUUUGAACCAAGAGAUAGCCAUGUUAAACCAAGAGAGGGUCAUUUUGAACCAAGAGAUAGUCAUGUUAAACCGAGAAACAGCAAUGGUGAACCAAGAGAUAGUCAUUGUAAACCUAGUGACAGCAAUUGUGAACCAAGAAAUAUUGAUUAUAAACCAAGAGAUGUUCAUGGUAAGCUUGUGAACAAAGAACACAAUACACCAUUCCAUUUGAAACAGGCUAGAGAACAGUUUGUACCACAUUUCAAUGAGCCCAAAGCACAGUCAUCAGAUAUUGAAGGUUUCAACGAACGAGAAACUGCAUUAAACACAGCUCUUGAAAGCACAAGUAAAUCUUUUGAUGCAUCACAUAAAAAUGAAAGUUCAGGGAAGCUAACGAUUCGAAACUUAAAACAGUUUGAUAAAGUGAUGAGUGAACACUCAUUAUUAAUGAAUGUGUCUCUGAACACUUCUCAGAAAACUGAACAGAGUUUCGAAGAGGAAUCUGUGGAUAGGGUAGAAAAAUGGCUGUUUGGUAUUUCUGAUCCAGACUCAGUCCAUUACAAGAAACUCAAUAAUACCACAAUGAAUGAAAGUGUGUCCUUUCAGCUUCCUAACAGUGCAAACAUUUCCAAAGAGCAGAUCAGUGAUAUGAGAUCUCUUAAAAUCAAUACUGCAAAUGAGGGUAAUCAAGAACGAUUUCGUCUAAGUGAUGACAGACAUGCUCAGGAACAAACUUCUCAAGGUACAAUGUUAGUAUCUUGUCCGCCCCAGCAGUCAAGAAAUCCUGAUAAGCACUUCCAUGGAGAAAAGCAAGACCAGGGUGUAGAUGGACAGACUGGGCUAGUUUCAAAAUUGAAUAGGAGUGUACAUGAUCAAACUAUUGUGCAGAGAUACACUCAAAAAGUGUUGACUAAAAGCAAUAGACCCAAGAAAUCAACACCUAACAGUACUGGGAAAGAAAGGAAAGGUGUUUCCCCAAAACAAAAGGAGUUUGUCUCUCCAAAACAAAUGGCAGGGAAUUAUAAUCAGAACUGUGUACAAAGAAAUGUCUUUUCUCCCAAGAAUCAAUAUCCAGAGAGUAGACAGCUUGUUGACUUUGAUGUUUGGGCCAAAUCCGGUCAUAAGGCAUCACCUUACAAGAUGGAUUUGAAAGCAAGGGAGUCAUUUGAAAGUUGUAAGUCUUUUGACAUUAAUGAGCAGUAUGGUCAAGAUGAAGAUGUGCCAAGCAAUUCUGCUGAUGAUCUACAAAAUGUUAGUCUGAAAUAUGUUGAUGACAUUCAGGAUGAGUCCGGAAAUACGUACAAUCUUGUGUCAGUUGAAAAUGGCGGUAGAAUUAGACUGAAAAUCAAGAGAAAUUCAAAGAAUGUUUCCCCUAAGACUAGACUUAAUGAGCAACAAGUGGCUGAAAUGAUGAUGAAUACUGAGCAUGAUAGUAGACCAAAUGUGCAAAGAAAAGAUCGGGAGACGGGAAAAGCAAAGAGGCAUUUGAGUGGGAACACUAGCCGUGAGUAUGAAUAUAUUGACCAUAGCGGGAGACUGGUAAAUGAUAAGGUUGUCCCUACUCCCCCUAAAGCUAGGAAGCUAAGUCAAGGCUCAAGGCAUGUGGAAAAUUUGACCAGUGGACAAUUUAAGGAAAAAUAUCAAAAUGACAGGCGUUACUCACUGGAUAUUUUUAUGAAGCAAACUGGUAGGAAUUCAUCUUAUAAUGCUGAUAAUCAGAAAAUUGGACCUGCCUUUGGAGAUGUCAGUGUAAGACAACAUGAUCCAAACGUGAAUUUCAAUGUUGGGGAUAGAGUUAGACCUGUUGCAAGUGUUGAACAGAGGAAAAUUGAACCAAAAGAAAACAGGUGGCAACAAUUUUCUCCCAGUAACUUCCCAAAUAAUGCAAAUGUGUCAAAAGAACAUGUUUACUCUCCCAGUAAUAUCCGAAAUAAUGCAGGGUUUGAAAAUAGGCAAAGACAUCAUAAUAUGAUGAGUGAGAGACAAUCAUCACAGCAAGACCUGAUGUCACCUACCAUACAUAGACACAGACAUAAUGAAAAAGAAGAUUUUUCCCCAAGCACUUCUUUCAGUAAACUUAAGCUUAAUACGCCUGGGUCCAUGGCUAGGAAUCUCAACAGACAAAGACAGAAUGUAGAUAAAGAUGAAUAUAUCAUUGAAGAUAGCUUUGCUCACCCAUUAGGUGGCUAUGAUGUUCCCCAACACAGGUAUGAUCAUCCACAAGAUGGAUUUGAAAGUCUUGUUCAGAACAGGUCUGGUCAGAAUUUGGACACGCAGGUGGAAGCCAAUGCUAGUGCAAGUACACAUGUUUAUAUGGCAGACUCGGCCUAUGAAACUGUAAAUCCUCCUGACAACCGCAGGAUGUCGAUUAGUUCUGGGUACACUGAUGACACAGUUAGGCAGAGAAUUGAUAAUGAAAGAAGGGUAUCCGGUGUUUUUAUUCAACCAGAAGGGAGUGUGAGUGUAGUUAGACAAAUAGAUACCCUGCGACAAAACAGAAAUGCUAGAAUUUCCCAAGGUGAUACCGAAAGAAGAAACAGCCAAGGUCGUAGAGAAAGUAUGGAGAGUCAGUUUUACAACAGAGGAAGAAAAAAAUCUCCUGGGUUUGUUAGUAUAGAUAGUGUGUCGGAUAUUUCUGAUCAAUUCAGAGUACAAAGACAAGAAGGGAGGGUUAUAAAUCAACCUAGUAGAAAUGAGCAAGUUUGUGUCAUGGGUACAGAUAGGAUUGAAGGUCACAGGGCAUCCACAAAUCUACCUAACAACCAACAUAAGAUUAUCAGGAAGGAUUUGUUCUGUGCUAAAGGAGAAACCAUUCAAAUACCUUCCACUUCAAGGCUCGGCCAGGUUGCUCAUGACUUUAAAGUUCCUGUGAGCCCACCUGUUAUGACGGGAAAUGUAAUUAAAAAGGGCAACAAAGAGAAUGAAGCUUUAAAUAAUCGAAAAUCUCAGAAACUAUGCUUUACCAAACCUCAACCGUUGAGCAAUAGCGAUCAGCUAAGGCGUCAUUUGAUGUACAAUGCUGGAGCCAGGCCAAAAGACACAUAUGCACAGAGUACGCCUAUAAAACCUGGGUCGAAGCUUGCAAUGGACGUGUCAAUGUCAACUAUUAUGGGCUUUGACGAACAUCAUAAUGAGACAGAACACAAUGAGGAAGUUGUGUUAAUUUAAAGGGAAUCUCUAACAGUUUAUUUGUUCAUACAAUUAAAAGUACAAUUUUGUUUUUUAAUUUUUUUGUAACAUGGUAAUUGUUAUCAUCAGAGGUUCAAGAGAUGUUUUGUUAGUAAAUAUUUUGUAAAUACUUCCUUAUUUACCAAACUGUUAACAAAAAUGAAAAAUGGAUGGUUGAAAUUUAUGAAAAUCUUCCUAAAUAACUUCCUGAGGAAUGUAAGUUGUUGUUUCGCGUUUAUUAAAAUGUCAUGUUUACGUUUAUGAGGAAAUAAGUUGAAUUAAUAUAUUUCAUUCACCAAUAAAAUUUAUACAUAUUUGCUUUUUAUCCUUGUUUAAGAUUGUUAUUAUAUCACAGUAAUUUGUUUAAAAACUUGUAAUAAAAACAAUACAAAUCUUAUUUUAAUAUUUAAAACUAGGAAACUGGGUAUGCCUGUUUAAACUUUUAUUUUUUUUCAAUGGCUACACUGAUAUAAGAUCUGAUUUUAUUAGUUUUCCUACAUUAUUGAUGAUAGACAUAACUCAUUGGAAGUUCUUUUCUUUUAUUGUAUCCACUAUUAUG